AUGUCGUCUUCAUCGGAUCAAAAUACUGAAUUUUCAAGUGGAAAAUUAGCUACUGAAGCAUCACCAGCAGGUAUGAAUUCAAUAACAAAUACAGUUGGUAUGCAUCCAAGUACACAUGAAACAUCACCACCAACUAUUCUAUCAAAUAAUCAUCGACGAGGUAGUUGUGAUCAUCCUGGUUGUACUGCUGAACAUAGUGGAAAAUCACAUGAAUAG